AUGGAAGUUCAGUUAAGCGAAGCUGAAAAAGUAUUUAUAAUACAUGGGGCACAAGAAGGUUUACGAGCUGAUGGACGUAGCCCGUUCGAUUACCGACCUGUAAUUGUUCAAACUGGUGUUUUGGCAACGACAAAUGGUUCAUCACGUGUUCGGAUAGGCUCAACUGAUUUAUUAAUUGGUGUUAAAGCCGAGCUAAUCAAUGUGGAAAAUCUUGCUCUUUAUCGCAAUCGGCUAAAUUUUUUUGUUGAUUGCUCAGCAAAUGCCACUCCACUAUUUGCUGGUCGUGGUGGUGAGGAAUUCGCAGAUGAAUUGAGUGCAGCAUUGGAUGCUGCUUAUAACAACAAUUAUGUACUUCCAGAUUUGAAAAAGUUGAUUCUAUCUCCGAUGCAUGCAUGGAAACUGUUUGUGGAUAUCGUUCUUUUGCAGUGUGACGGUAAUGUCAUCGAUGCAGCAGGUUUAGGGGUCAAGGCAGCAUUGAAAGAUACGGAAAUUUGUCAAGUUAUAGUCAGACCAGCUGAUGAAGGAAAGUAUACAAUUGAUUUGCCGGAUGACAAUACUAUUUGGAAAUUAGAUAUAUCAAGAGUUCCUUUGUUUGUCAGUGUAAAUAGGCUUGGAAGCGCAAAAAUUGUUGACAAUUCAUUGGCAGAAGAAGCAUGCACUCGCACAUCCGUUUGGAUCGCCGUUGCUCCAAAAUUUGUUUGCGACACCGAUCAUAGUGAAAAUAAUCAAUCUGCUACAAAACGUGAUGGUUGCAUAAUUACAUUCAUGAAGCAAUGUGGUGGUGGCACCCUUGAAAUGGAUUCACUUGAAGAAAUGAUCAAUAUUGGCUUAAAAGCUGUGCGCCAACUACAUGAAACACUUGAUCGACGAUUAGUGGAGGAAAACUGGAUGACAGAAAAACCUUUGUCAACAUUCUUGCAAUGA